GAGAACAGUGUGGUGGAGUACUUUAAAAAAUCACCCUAUUAAGAUGACUUAGGAAGAUGAAAGGCAAGGUUUAUCAGGAUGUAGAUGUUCACAGGCAAAGAUGGGAUGCAGACUUGCUCUAGGUCUCUGAGUGAAAGGGAUAUUAAUUAUGAAUCUAUUUAAAAAAAAAAAAGAUUGCCUAAGUCACAGUCCAUAACAGACAUGUAGACUUAAUAUUUAACAGUUUAAUAGUCCAAAUUCUAUAAAACCUCUGCAAUUGGAAUCAAGUAAAAUAACUAUAUUAUCUUUCAAGACAUUUUUGUCUUGGCAACAAAAUUCUCAUUGGGGAUAGUGUUCUAUCUAUAAUUUUGUCUUUUCUUUUAAGCGAUGCUGAAUCAAACUUCAGUCACUGAAUUUCUCCUCCUGGGAAUGACGGACAUCCAAGAACUGCAACCUUUUCUCUUUGUGGUUUUCCUCACCAUCUACUUUGUCAAUGUGACUGGGAAUGGAGCUAUCCUGAUGAUUGUUAUCUCUGAUCCAAGACUCCAUUUACCUAUGUAUUUCUUCCUGGGAAACCUCUCAUGCCUAGAUAUCUGCUAUUCCACAGUGACACUGCCGAAGAUGCUAGAAAACUUCUUCUCUACACACAAAGCAAUUUCUUUUGUGGGAUGCAUAAGCCAGCUUCAUUUCUUUCACUUCCUGGGCAGCACAGAGGCCAUGUUGUUGGCCGUGAUGGCCUUGGACCGCUUUGUGGCUAUCUGCAAACCGCUUCAUUACACUGUCAUCAUGAAUCAUCAGCGCUGUACCCAGAUGGCUAGCACGAUCUGGGUCAUUGGGUUUUUCCAUGCCCUCCUACAUUCCAUAAUGACCUCUCACUUGAACUUCUGUGGUUCCAACCAAAUCCAUCACUUCUUCUGUGAUAUUAAACCAUUGUUGGAGUUAGCCUGUGGGCACAUUGAGCUCAACCAGUGGCUACUCAACACUGUCACAGGGACCAUGGCUAUAGGCCCCUUCUUUCUCACACUUCUCUCCUAUUUCUACAUUAUCACCUAUCUGGUCUUCAAGACCCAUUCAUGCAGCAUGCUUCACAGAGCACUGUCCACCUGUGCCUCCCACUUCAUGGUAGUUAUUAUUUUCUAUUCUCCUGUUGUCUUCACCUAUAUUCAUCCUGCCUCAGGCAGCUCCAUGGACCAGGAACGGGUCAUUGCCAUCAUGUACACUGUGGUCACCCCUGUGCUAAAUCCAUUGGUCUAUACUUUGAGGAAUAAGGAAGUAAAGAGGGCCUUGAUCAGGAUGAUCAGAAGGAAGCUAUUCAGAAACUGGGAAAAGCAUAGCCUGGAAGGGUUGACUUUAUUUAAUAAUGUCUGAAUUCUCAGCCAGGAUGACUUGAACAGCUGGGUAUGGAAUAGGUGAGAGUUGACAAAGUCUCUCUUUGCUGUCUCUCUUUCCCUGUCUCUAGCUUUUCCAUGUGGUUAGUAUGUGCUUCUUCACUAGGGAAGCCUCCAAUGGUAGACUUUUUAGAUGGUGGCUCAGAGGCCAACAGAUCAAGGUAAAACCCGCCAGUUGUCUUAAGACUAGGCCCAGAACUGGCAUUAAU